CUCAGUGCUUGUGACAUGGUGGACUGUGUGCUGUCAGAGAAAAACGCUCCGCGGUGGGAUUUCACGGAAGAUGCUGAAGAAACGGGAGCUGCUGAUCCCAGUACAAGAACGGCUGUUUUGUUGAGGACAUUGAAGCAAGCGAAGCAAGAGCGUUUGAUCACGUGAGAUUCUGUGACAUCCCGCGUGUGGGGAUCUUCCACUGUGAGGUUGUCGGCAGCUUUCCGAGAGACAACCCUCCUGUGAAGAUGAGACCAUGGUCCCAGUACUAACGUCCAGAAAAGCCAGCGAACUCCCCGUCAACGAAGCAGCGUGUAUCCUGCAGGCCGACCUGCAGUUGGGUCUGACCCAGGAGGAGGUGUGCAGGAGGAGAGCCUAUCACGGCUGGAACGAGUUUGACAUCAGUGAAGAUGAGCCACUAUGGAAGAAAUACAUCUCACAGUUCAAAGAUCCUCUCAUCCUGCUGCUGCUGGCCUCGGCUGUCAUCAGCGUUCUCAUGCACCAGUUUGACGACGCCAUCAGCAUCACUGUGGCCAUCAUCAUCGUCGUGACAGUUGCCUUUGUUCAGGAGUACCGCUCGGAGAAGUCUCUAGAAGAGCUCGGGAAGCUGGUGCCUCCAGAAUGUCACUGUAUCAGAGACGGGAACCUGGAGCACCUGCUGGCCAGAGAGCUGGUUCCUGGAGACACCGUCUGUCUGACGGUGGGAGAAAGAGUCCCGGCAGACCUCCGCCUCUUCGAGGCGACUGACUUGUCCGUGGAUGAGUCCAGUCUAACGGGGGAGACGGCCCCCUGCCCAAAGUCCACCUCCCCUCAGCCGGCAGCCACCAAUGGAGACAUCGCCUCCCGCAGCAACAUCGCCUUCAUGGGGACGCUUGUGCGCUGCGGUAAAGCCAAGGGCAUUGUCAUCGGGACUGGAGAGAACUCUGAGUUUGGGGAGGUGUUCAAGAUGAUGCAAGCAGAAGAGGCUCCUAAGACGCCGUUACAGAAGAGCAUGGACCUGCUGGGGAAGCAGCUCUCUCUGUACUCCUUCGGCAUCAUCGGGGUCAUCAUGUUGGUGGGCUGGCUGCAGGGGAAGAGGAUCCUCGACAUGUUCACCAUCGGUGUUAGCUUGGCGGUGGCCGCCAUCCCUGAGGGUUUACCCAUUGUGGUGACGGUAACGUUGGCGCUGGGUGUGAUGAGGAUGGUCCAGAAAAGAGCCAUCGUCAAGAAGCUUCCCAUCGUAGAAACUCUGGGCUGCUGUAACGUGAUCUGUUCAGACAAGACGGGAACUCUGACCAAGAACGAGAUGACCGUCACUCAGCUGUUCACGUCAGACGGACUCCACGCUGAGGUGACGGGGGUUGGCUAUAACGGCGCUGGAGAGGUUCUACUGGACGGAGAAAUCAUCCACGGAUUCUCCUGUCAGUCAAUCAGCAAGAUUGUGGAGGUCGGCUGUGUGUGUAACGACUCGGUCAUCAGGAAUCACGCUCUGCUGGGGCGGCCGACAGAGGGGGCGCUCAUCGCCCUCGCCAUGAAGGUGGGUCUGGAGGGCCUGAAGCAGGAGUACGUCCGUGUGGAGGAGCAUCCGUUCACCUCAGAGCAGAAAUGGAUGGCUGUUCGCUGUGUCCACCGCACGCUACAGGAUAAACCCGGAGUUUACUUCAUGAAGGGAGCAUAUGAGCAGGUGAUUCGUUUCUGCAGCUCCUACAGCAGCAGAGGAAGCGCUCUGUCGCUGAACAACCAGCAGAGGGAGCUCUACCAGCAGCAGAUCAGCUACAUGGGCAGUGCAGGCCUCAGAGUUCUUGCAUUCGCGUCGGGUUCUGAGAUGGGGAAUCUGACCUUCCUCGGUCUGGUCGGCAUCAUCGACCCGCCUAGAUCCGGGGUCAAAGAGGCCGUGGGAACGCUCAUCAACUCCGGGGUUGCCAUCAAGAUGAUCACUGGAGAUUCUCAGGAGACCGCCGUGUCUAUAGCCAGCCGUCUGGGUCUGUACUCUAAAGGCUGUCAGUGUUUGUCGGGAGAUGAGGUGGAUCAUCUGGACCUGCAGCAGCUCUCACUCAUGGUCCCACGGAUCUCCGUCUUUUAUCGAGCCAGUCCUCGACACAAACUUAAGAUCGUCAAGUCCCUCCAGAACAUCGGCGCCGUGGUGGCGAUGACAGGUGACGGAGUGAACGAUGCUGUGGCUCUGAAGGCGGCGGACAUCGGUGUGGCGAUGGGCCAGACUGGCACUGACGUCUGCAAAGAGGCGGCCGACAUGAUCCUGGUGGACGACGACUUCCAGACCAUCAUGUCGGCUAUCGAGGAAGGAAAAGGAAUCUACAACAACAUCAAAAACUUUGUUCGCUUCCAGCUGAGCACGAGCAUCGCAGCUCUAACGUUAAUCUCCUUGGCGACGUUGAUGAACUUCCCCAACCCACUGAACGCCAUGCAGAUCCUGUGGAUCAACAUCAUCAUGGACGGGCCUCCGGCUCAGAGUUUGGGUGUGGAGCCCGUGGACAGAGACGUGAUCAGGAAACCUCCUCGGAACGUGAGGGACAGCAUCAUCACUCGCAGUCUGAUUGUCAAAGUCCUGGUGUCGGCGUUCAUCAUCGUCUGUGGGACGCUGUUCGUCUUCUGGAGAGAGUUGCAGGACAACGUGAUCACUCCUCGAGACACGACCAUGACCUUCACUUGCUUUGUCUUCUUCGACAUGUUCAACGCUCUGAGCUCGCGGUCACAGACUCGUAUGGUCCACGAGAUGGGUCUGUGCAGUAACAGGACCUUCUGUUUCGCCGUCCUGGCCUCCAUCAUGGGUCAGCUCCUCGUCAUCUACUUCCCUCCGCUGCAGAGCAUCUUCCAGACGGAGAGCCUCAGCAUCUUUGACCUGCUGUUCCUGGUGUCCCUCACCUCGUCCGUGUGUGUCGUCUCUGAGCUCAUAAAGAUGUUGGAGAGAUGGAGAGGUGUGGAGAAGAGUCCGCCUCCCGACUGCUUCCACGAGGUAUGACCCAGCCUCCUCCUCCUCGCCACGCUGAUGGGCCUAAAGACUCUGAUGAUUGGAGGAAAUAAGAGGAAGAGGAGGGCGGCAGGUUUGGGGAUCUCACAAACGAUGGCACUGACUUCUACAGACUGCAGAGACUUUUCCUGUGAGGUCCUCAGGAGGGAGGAGGAACUCUGGUCUGGGACUGGAGGACGGCGCUCCCCGGGAACGGGAGGCAAGUUCACAGACUGUGCUGCUGGGAGAUCUGCUCCAGUGGAACAUCUCCACAGCAGCUCUCUGCCUCCUGGACCGCCCUCCUCUCUCUCCCCGGCCUUGGCGUAGACCCCCGACUGUAGCUUUGGGGGAACAGAGCACACCCUCCUGCUGUGACCCGGCUCCUCGACGUUUAGGACGUACUCUAAGAAUCCGGGCUAGAGGCGUGUGCAAUUCUCGGUUCUCUUCCAGUCUUUUUUUAAUCUUUGUUUCGAAGGUGUUGACCACUGUUCAGCUCGUUGUGCGACUUUAAACACGACUCUUUUGAAUGGAUUUAUAUAUGUGGAGGUGUAACGGUGCAGAACGCUGCAAAAAACUUAAUCCUAACAAGUGCAUCUCUCUGAUUUCUUUUCUAAAUGUCUUAAUGUAAGCCAAAUUUAACUGACUAGUCCAGGAAGAUCUUGUUUAAAUCACAAAAAGCCCCGAAGAAGUCCUGGAAUGCUUGUUGUAAAAUAAAAAUCUGGCAAAUUCAAGUUUUUUAAAACCAGGUCUGUGUCAGGUUAAACUAAACGAUUCCAAAAAAACCUGUUGGAUACCACAGCAAUAAAAAAUCCAAGCCUUAGACUCCAAAUAUUGUUUCAUUUCCUGUUUCCAAUCACCAAACGUAACCGUAGCUCCUGCACUGAGAAGCUGCUUCCUUCUCAAUAGGCUGUUUGAAGUCAUGUGACCCCAGUGACGCCAGAAAGUCCGAUGGGGGUCAGGAAGUGAAGAACAGUGGUUAGAGAUCAGUGUGAAUGGAGGCUACGAUUCCUACACGUCUUAGAAAGAUGAGCUGAUUCACCUGGAGAAGAGGUGAUCCAGAUCACAAAGACUUCGUCUAGAGCAGUGGUUUUCAACCUUUUCAGCCCGUGACCCACAAAAUAAAGGUGCCAGAGACCGGAGACCCCCACUGUACCUGAAGGUGGCUGAACA